UAUUCAAACAGCAACGUAUUCGAUAGAUUGCCAGCGGUGUUUUCCAACACUGAUGCAUUUGAAAAUACUGACAUCUGCCUGCAGUCGAAGCAGGCGCAUUUUUGGCCAUCAAUUUUCAAGAAAAUUUAACUAAAUUGUGCUCUAAAAAAUAUGUACACAGAUGAGGUGCGAACACCUCAGGCCCUCAAGAGUCGAUACUUCUCCAAUCUCACCGAGCUGAAAUGCCGGGCGCGCAGGAACAGCGCCACGGCCAACAGUUCCGUGGCGUCGUCUGGAACGCCAACUAAUGGCGGCAAGCAAAAUACGAGAGGUAGUCCCCAAAUGUCCUCGCUGGUGUGUACGCCACCGCCCAAGCGCUUCCACAAGAUACGCAAUCCCUUCGAAGGUGCCCUGGCGGAUCGUUUGCACCUGCCGCUGAUUGCCAGUCCUUCGCUGUUCCGGUCACGCACACCACAGCUCUCGUCGACGCAGUUUGAGUGGAACAUCGACGAGGUGUCGCAACUGAAGCCCGCCGAUGUGGAGCCGCACGAGACGCAGUUCCACGACUCGCCCGACCCCGAGGUGGAGAACAAGGCCCAGCUGGCUAUCAGUGCGUUCUUUAAGGAAUCUCUCAUAGUGCCCAGCCCCGUGGACUGUCCCCUGCGCAAGAAUCGCAUCAUACUGAACGAACUCAACGAGGACCACACGCCCAUCUCGAAGAAGUCCUCGAGCGGGCGACGGCAUCGGGACUGCAGUGUCCAAACGGAGCUGUCACUGCCGCCGAUUCUGCCCAAGGCCCUGGAGGAGGCGCUGCGCCCGUACUUGCAGCCCCAUCUGGCUGGCAGCAUGUCGGGCAGAGCUAAGUCCCGCUCCAGCGGCAGCGACAUCUUCAACAGCUCCAUGAGGCGCAAGCUGUUCGAUCUGCACAAUGUGAUUGUGCUGGGCGAGCAGGAGGCAGCGCAGUCUCCCCAGAUGGUGGGCUCCAGUCCGCAGGGCAAGCAGACAAUGUUCGCCGGCAGACUGUCGGACUCGGCGUCGGGCGAGGGCGAUGGCAGCUUUGGUUCCCUGUCGCCCAUCAGGAACCUGUGCGGCCUGCCAACGGGCACACCAGAUGACGGCAAUCGCUCCUCCAAGCGGAAGCUGCUGCUGCUGCACGACCUGGACCUGCCUUCGCCAAUUGCUCCGUCUGAGCAUCUCAGCCGUCGGCUGGUGCACUCCAAGGUGGAGGUGAGCAUCAGCACCAGUGAGCAGCACGACACGUUGUCGGAGCUGACGGGUACGGGGCGGCCGGCCUGCAGAUUCACACCGGAUCGCAGCUCCUCGCCGAUGCAGGCACUGGAGCAGUCGGACAGCAGCAUCAAUCAGCGUGUGAGCCGGCUGAGGGUGAACAGCACGCGGCAGUUGCCCAGCCAGUCGCUGCUGGAGACUGUGGAGCAGGCGGAAGCGGAGGACACGGACGAGCCCGAGCUUGAACCAGAGACGGACGACGAGGAGGGGGAGGAGGAGGCCGAGGCCAUGCAGUUGUCGACGCUCAGCUUCAACUGCAGCUCCUCCAACUCGGACACGCCGCGUGGAUCCCGCCGCCGGCGCUCGGCCAAUCGUAAAAAUCUCUCGCAAUCUUUUAGUGCCAAUUUAGAUGAAGUGGAGCCCCAGCAGGUGGAAACAGCUCCGCCUGUGGCCAAUCCGCCGGCGCAGCGUGUUGGCCUCUAUCGCGCGGACAGUGGCUUCAACGAGACGUCGAGCACCUCGACCUUUGCCUGCUCCCAGGACAUGUCCAUGGCCUGCUGCUCGACGCCUUCCACGCGCUCCUGACACCACCAGCUGUACAUCAGCUUCGGCUGCAGUUUGGAACUAUUUUUAUGCAAUAACUCAUCUUCCCAGGCUACAGAGGAAGACUCGCUUAUCUGCAAUGCAACCCACCGAUCCUAGGGCCUUAUAUUUAAUUUGUGUGUUUAUUUUUUAAGAUUUUCGAACGUUUUAACAUCGAAGUUUUCACUUGUUUAUGAACCACCCCACCGCAUAAGUAAUUGCCAAAUAGUUUAGUGAGUUGUGUAUUUUCGUCAUUCAUAUACAUAUUUAAUUCAAUUGUGUCAUUUAUUGUAGUUUAUUAUAGAAUAAAUUUGAUUAAAUGUU